AUGUUCACUGAUCUUGAGUUUUCUUCUAUGACUUAUUAUGAGUUUGUUAACUUCUUCAAACGUUUCAUGCAUGAAGAGUGUAAAAAGUUUUACUACUGUGAACCAGGCAAUUCCCUGAUGAAAGGGCUUAAUCCCAUUUCAAAUGAUGUGGAAUAUGCUACUUUUAUUUUUGAUGCUUAUGGAACAGAUGGUAUAAUUUCGGUUUAUGUGGAUCAUAUUGGGGUUGGUGUUGAUGGGUGGCUUGAUGAUGAAGAUAAUGAUGAUGAUGAAAAUGAGUCUUGUAUUGAUGGUGAAAAUGAAGACAACUUAGAUGAACUUAGAAAUGUUGCCUUUGAAUUUAAUGAGGAUGUAGUGCAUAUGAAUAGGACAUCAAAUGAUCCUUUCUUGAGUAAGUUAUGUGUUGAUGAUGAGGAUGAAAACAACAUUGUAGACGAUGACAAUGGGAGAGAAGUUGAAGUUAACAUACAAACUCAUUCAAUAUUUAAUGAGUUAUUACACUGGAAAAAACAAAAACCAAUUCUAGGGAUGAGAUUUAAGGGUCCAGGGCAAGUAAAAUCAAUGUUGUGUAACUAUGAUGUAGCUAAUGGAUAUCAAUUGUGUUUUGAAAAAAAUUAUAGGACAAGACUUUUGGUGAGGUGUAGCAAGGGUGGUUGCAUAUUUAGAUUAUGGGCUUCCUGGAUGAGUGAUGAAGAGAGUUUCCAAAUCAAGUCACUAAAAGUUGAUCAUAAUUGUGCUAGGAAUUUCAAGUUCGGAUCAUUGGUGACAUAUGCAUGGAUUGGGAGUCACUAUACCAAAGAGAUUGUAGAAAGUCAGAAAAUAAGUGUAAGGAAGCUUAGGUUAAAGGUAAUGGCCAGGUUUGGUAUCCAAGUUAGUAUGGGGCAAUGUAGAAGAGAAAAGAAGUAUACACUGAAACUUGUUGAAGGAGUUAAACAAGGUUGUAUUGAAGGGUGUAGAAGGGUAAUUGGUCUUGAUGGAUGUUUUCUUAAAGGUGUUUGUAAGGGAGAAUUGCUUUGUGCUAUUUGGAGGGAUGAAAAUGACAAGAUAUAUCCUAUUGCUUGGGCAGUGGUUAAUGUGGAGAACACGCAUAAUUGGAAGUGGUUUUUAGAGCUUCUCAUUGAUGAUCUAAACUUGAAUUUAGGCAAUGGUUUCAGUUUAAUCUCAGACCAACAUAAGGGUUUGAUAGAGGCUGUUAAAGAGUUGCUGCCAUAUGUAGAGCACAGGCAGUGUGCUAGACAUAUUUGCCAGAAUUUGCAGAAGAGAUUUACUGGUGCCAUAUAUCAUACCUUUUUUUGGAGAGCAUUUAAAGCCACAAUUGAGCAUGCUGUUAAAGUUGUGAUGAAAGAAAUUGAGACAUUGAACCCAAAUGCCCAUCAAUAUCUCAUGGAGAAAGAUCCUAAAACAUGUAGAUGCCAGGAAGAAGCCCAUAAUAACCAUGUUAGAGGAGAUAAGAUUAUACUUGAUGGACAAAAUCUACAACAUGAAAUUAAAGGGAAAACAAUGGGGGAAAUCAUAUUUGUCCAGAGAUAA